GGUUGCGGGUUUCGCGCCUGCGCAGUGCGGCGCCUAGGGGGAACGCGAGAGGGAGACGGACGUUGAGAGAACGAGGAGGAAGGAGAGAAAAUGGCGUCCACGGAUUAUAGUACCUAUAGCCAAGCUGCAGCCCAGCAGGGCUACAGUGCUUACACCGCCCAGCCAACUCAAGGAUAUGCACAGACCACCCAGGCAUAUGGGCAACAAAGCUAUGGAACCUAUGGACAGCCUACUGAUGUCAGCUAUACCCAGGCUCAGAGCACUGCCACCUACGGGCAGACUGCAUAUGCAACUUCUUAUGGACAGCCUCCCACUGUAGAAGGGACCAGUACAGGUUAUACCACUCCAACUGCCCCCCAGGCGUACAGCCAGCCUGUCCAAGGAUAUGGCACUGGGGCUUAUGACACGACCACUGCUACCGUCACCACAACGCAGGCCUCUUAUGCAGCUCAGUCUGCAUACGGCACCCAGCCUGCCUACCCAGCCUAUGGCCAGCAGCCGGCAGCCACUGCACCCACAAGACCACAGGAUGGUAACAAGCCUGCUGAGACUAGUCAACCUCAAUCUAGCACAGGGGGUUAUAACCAACCCAGCCUAGGAUAUGGACAGAGUAACUACAGUUAUCCCCAGGUUCCUGGGAGCUACCCAAUGCAGCCAGUCACCGCACCUCCAUCUUAUCCUCCUACCAGCUACUCCUCUUCACAGCCAACUAGUUACGAUCAGAGCAGUUACUCUCAGCAGAACACCUACGGGCAGCCGAGCAGCUAUGGACAGCAGAGUAGCUAUGGUCAACAAAGCAGCUAUGGGCAGCAGCCUCCCACUAGUUACCCCCCUCAGACUGGAUCCUACAGCCAGGCUCCAAGUCAAUAUAGCCAACAGAGCAGCAGCUACGGGCAGCAGAGUUCAUUCCGACAGGACCACCCCAGUAGCAUGGGUGUUUAUGGGCAGGAGUCUGGAGGAUUUUCCGGACCAGGAGAGAACCGGAGCUUGAGUGGCCCUGAUAACCGGGGCAGGGGAAGAGGGGGAUUUGAUCGUGGAGGCAUGAGCAGAGGUGGGCGGGGAGGAGGACGCGGUGGAAUGGGCAGCGCUGGAGAGCGAGGUGGCUUCAAUAAGCCUGGUGGACCCAUGGAUGAAGGACCAGAUCUCGAUCUAGGCCUUCCUAUAGAUCCCGAUGAAGACUCUGACAACAGUGCAGUUUAUGUGCAAGGAUUAAAUGACAGUGUGACUCUGGAUGAUCUGGCAGACUUCUUUAAGCAGUGUGGGGUUGUCAAGAUGAACAAGAGAACUGGACAACCCAUGAUCCAUAUCUACCUGGAUAAGGAGACAGGAAAGCCUAAAGGUGAUGCCACAGUGUCCUAUGAAGAUCCACCAACUGCCAAGGCUGCCGUGGAAUGGUUUGAUGGGAAAGACUUUCAAGGAAGCAAACUUAAAGUUUCUCUUGCCCGAAAGAAGCCUCCACUGAACAGCAUGCGGGGUGGCAUGCCACCUCGUGAGGGCAGAGGAAUGCCACCGCCACUUCGUGGAGGUCCUGGUGGCCCAGGAGGUCCUGGGGGACCCAUGGGUCGCAUGGGAGGCCGUGGAGGAGACAGAGGAGGCUUCCCUCCAAGAGGGCCCCGAGGCUCCAGAGGGAACCCCUCUGGAGGAGGAAAUGUCCAGCACCGAGCUGGAGACUGGCAGUGUCCCAAUCCGGGCUGUGGAAAUCAGAACUUCGCCUGGAGAACAGAAUGCAACCAGUGUAAGGCCCCUAAGCCCGAGGGCUUCCUCCCGCCACCCUUUCCACCUCCGGGUGGUGAUCGUGGCCGAGGCGGCCCUGGUGGCAUGCGAGGAGGAAGAGGUGGACUCAUGGACCGUGGUGGUCCUGGAGGAAUGUUCAGAGGUGGCAGAGGUGGAGACCGAGGGGGCUUCCGAGGUGGCCGUGGCAUGGACCGAGGUGGCUUUGGUGGAGGAAGACGAGGUGGUCCUGGGGGGCCUCCUGGACCUUUAAUGGAACAGAUGGGAGGAAGAAGAGGCGGACGUGGAGGACCUGGGAAAAUGGAUAAAGGCGAGCACCGUCAGGAACGCAGAGACCGGCCCUACUAGAGACCUGCAGAGCUGCAUUGACGACCAGAUUUAUUUUUUAAACCAGAAAAUGUUUUAAAUUUAUAAUUCCAUAUUUAUAAUGUUGGCGACAACAUUAUGAUUAUUCCUUGUCUGUACUUUAGUAUUUUCACCAUUUGUGAAGAAACAUUAAAACAAGUUAAAUAGUAGUGUGCUGAGUUUUUUUUUUGUUUUGUUUUUUGUUUUUUUUUUUUUUUCUUUUUAAGAUGGUUGUUUUAAGACUUAACAAUGGGAACCCCUUGUGAGCAUGCUCAGUAUCAUUGUGGAGAACCAAGAGGGCCUCUAAUUGUAACAAUGUUCAUGGUUGUGAUUUUUUUUUAAAUAAAAUUCCAAAUGUUUAUAAACUGUCA